AUGAGUCUUUUGAUUCACUAUAGUUUUCUCCUUUUGCGGUCCCUCCGUUGGUAUCUUCCGCCUACGCUGACUUUGGUCCUUAUUUUUCUUAUGGUUCUCCUUAUCACAAGACUUUUGUUCUUCUGUCGCAGUGGCAGCCGAUUGCCGCUGCCUCCUGGACCACGUGGACUUCCACUGUUUGGAUUUCUCCCUUUUCUAGGUAGAGAUUUCCACUUGACCCUAACAUCACUGGCCCGAAAUUACGGACCUAUUUAUCAAAUAUUUUUAGGCGGCAAACGAGUCGUUGUUCUCAAUGAUCCCCACAUAGUCCGACAAGCUUUCCGUCAACAUGUAUUUUCCGGUCGCCCGGACACGGAACUUACGAAACUACUGCAAGGCUACGGCAUUAUUAACUCUUCUGGUGCUCUAUGGCGGGAACAGCGAGCAUUUGUACAUUGUGUUAUGCGACAGUUUGGCGCGAAAAAUAUAGGACCAGGAAAAGUUGCUCUUGAGAAUAAAGUGAAGGAACAAGUCAAGGAAUUUUUGUCAGGAAUUUCCGAUCUAGAUGGAGCUCCUUGUAGUUUACGUCCGGCGAUCGCCCGUGCUGUAAGUAACGUUGUAGGCUCUCUUCUUAUGAGCGUCACCUAUUCAAAAGAAGAUCCUCGAUUCACUCGUUUGUUGGAGCUUAUAGAAGAAGGAUUUCGUUUGCUUACUUUAGCCGUUCCCGUAAAUUUUAUUCCAAUGUUACGAUACGCACCAGGUGGAAACUAUGCUUACCAUAAAAUUAAAGAGAAUCGCCAAGAGAGUGCGGCGUAUUUUCAAGAAGUAGCAGAGGAACACAAGCGUACUUUAGACCCCAGUAAACUGCGAGACUUCGUGGACGCCUACUUGGUUCAGCUUCAAGAAAGUCAAGAUGAAAACAAAGAGUCGUUUUUUUCAGAAAUGCAACUAUUACAAGUAAUGGGAGACAUCUUUAGUGCCGGGCUGGAAACCGUGACGUCAACACUUGAAUGGGCGAUUUUAUUCCUCGUUAGGAACCCCGAAGUUCAAAAACGUGUACAAGGAGAACUGGACGCUGUCGUAGGACGUCAUCGUCUUCCCACCUUAUCCGAUCAAAGAGACCUUCCGUACACAGAAGCUACAAUUUUGGAGGUGCUGAGACGGGCGAACGUUAUCGCGUUGGGAAAUGCACAUGCUACACUCGAGGACACAGAGCUCGCAGGUUACCACAUUCCUAAAGACACUCAUGUGCUACCUAAUCUAUGGGCCAUACACAUGGAUCCUGAACUUUGGUCCAGUCCUGAGGCUUUCAAACCAGAAAGGUUCCUAUUGGACGGGAAAAUAUCGAAACCGAACUUUUUCAUGCCAUUCUCCGUCGGUAGGAGAGUGUGCCUUGGAGAUGUUCUUACAAAAAUGGAAUUGUUUCUUUUUAUAACUGGACUUCUGCACCGGUUUCAUUUGGGAGUUCCUGAAGGGGAAGAGCUACCUAGCGUCGAAGGUAAAGUCUUCAUAUCGCUGACGGCCAAACCAUUCAACGUCUGUGCCUUGCCGCGGGACAAGUCUUUGGUGUUAGUGUGACUUUGUCACGUGCGUUAGUAGCAUGUAUGUGACCUUGAACCCUCCAGUCAUUUGUAAAUACGAUUGUAGUCUGCAAAUUGUACAUAUGUGAAGUGUCACUUUGUAAAAGUGAGUAACGGGGGGGGGGGGUAUUUCUUUUAGUCACUAGUUUUUCAGAUUGUUCUAUCUGUCAAAAACAAUUCUCAGGCAAGCAAAAUCAGUAUAAAUUUAAUAAACUUUACAUGUAACUUAGCGUCCAGUACAAGGCAUUCUGCUUAUACAACUAUUGUGAAACGUUAUAUAAGAAGUAUUGUUCUUUCGAUUUGCCCUUGUCUGUGGUUACUGAUAAGGGGUGGAGUUUCUCGAAACCGUUAUAAUUUAGUGACAAGCGCUGACUCGAGUGAUGUAUUGGACUUCAUAUUUAUUUUUGUACUUGUGAAAUGUAUUAGCAUGGCUAUGUUAUAAUGCUGGCCAAACUAGCUUAAAAGACUUGAAUUGUUACAAACCAUGAAAAUAUCUCAACCAGGCAUGUCUGACAUUUUUGUUCAUUGAAGUUUUAUUUUGUAUUUUCACGUUUUUUCUUUA